AUGGACGGCCUGCGACAGCAUCAUGCCAAAGGCCUCGCCUUCAAGCCGACAGCUCAGCAGAGCAAAGCUCUCUAUGAAAAGAUCCUGCCUCCAGUUGGCAGAGCUGACAUCGAAGACCCCAGAAGACUGCCACCUUCGCGCUACGCCGGUACCAACAAUCUUCGCAGCCGCACGACAGAUAAUACUCUACCAACUUCACCGCCAGCUCGGAAGGAAUCGCUUGUGAUGCCUGUCCCAAACACAAUGAGGUUCGUUUGCGAAACUCUGAUACCGCCCUUCAAGGAAUCUGAUAAUCGCUCUAGCUCCGAAGACCUCUCUCCUCCUGCACGGCCUGAGCCUUCUCGCAGCCCCUCUCCAGACUUGAAAGACUCCUCGGACGAUACCUCUGAAACUCAGGCAACAUCCAUUGAGUUACCAGCUUUACAAAACAGGUCCACGGUUGAAGACACAGAUCGGAUGGAACCUAUAGAUGGUGAUCUCCAGGGCUCUUUCGAUUUAGUUGCCCCACCGGAGGGAAGCCAGUCAUCAUUCUCGCUCGAAGAGCGCUCUGCACAGCUAUUUUCGCGGCAGCACCUUGAGAUCAUCUUCUCGAACCCCGCAUCUCUACUACGCUUCACCGCAUUUCUAAGCACACACCGCCCUCAAUCUGUACCAAUUCUCAUAUACUAUCUUGACGCACUCAAGGCCAUCAGGGCAGUGAAAUAUGCCAACGCCAUUGUUGAGGCUUUGAACCCCAUCUCCGGCCAUGCGUUUACCGAAGAGUCCAUUAAAACUACCGUGAAUCAAGAUCUUGAGCAAAAGGCCCAUAGCGCGUUCACCGAAUUGACGGAGCAAGAUCUACCGGCAUUCAUCACUCAAUUGUAUAUACAAAUCGUCAGCCUAAGUAUAUCGAGACGUAUCACUGGCGUGCUUCCUGCUCAUCUGCGAGACGCCUCAGAGGGCUUGGCAGAGGUCUUCUGUUUGACUGAUCCCUCGAGACCGGACAACCCCAUUGUAUUUGCAUCCGAAGGUUGGCUUACUCCCUUGCAGCGUAGAAAGUAUCCGCUCACAGCCGUUAGAAUUCAACCGUACUACUCAAUAUGUCGUGCGAUUAGAAGCGGUAAAGAGCACUGCGAGGUGUUUUUAAACUAUCGGAGAGAUGGCUCACCAUUCAUGAACAUGCUGAUGACAGCGCCGCUAUGCGACAGCAGAGGCAACAUCCGGUAUUUCAUUGGGGCGCAAGUGGAUGUCAGUGGCCUCGUCAAGGAUUGUACCGAGCUUGAAUCUUUGCAGCAGCUUGUGCAAGGUGGUACUGUUGCCCAGUCUUUCAGCAGCGAUGAGAGCGGCGAAAAGGACGAUUUUCAGGAUCUGUGUGAGAUGCUCAAUAUGUCUGAGCUGGAGACAGUAAGAAAACAUGGAGGUAGGAUGCACCGUGAAUAUCAGGAGGAUGACCCCGACAAUACCCACAGCAAAGCGCCUCACAUGCCCAGACUCCUCCUUCAGGAACCCGCGACAGACGCAGUCACUUCAAACCUAGCCAAGCAGCAAAGUGGCAAACUCAGCGGUAUAUAUCAGAAUUACCUUUUGAUAAGGCCAUUUCCUUCAUUCCGCAUUCUUUUUGCCUCACCUUCUCUCAGAGUACCAGGAAUCCUCCAAUCACCAUUCAUGGAAAAAAUCGGAGGCUCUCUGCGUGUCCGUGAUGAGCUUUCCGCAGCACUCGCGGAAGGGCGAGGUGUGACGGCCAAAAUUCGCUGGGUUUCCCGAGCAGAUGAAGAUGGCCGGAAUCGAUGGAUCCACUGCACUCCCUUGGUCGGCAGUAACGGUCAGAUUGGUGUUUGGAUGAUCGUUCUAGUUGAUGACGACCAAGAGGCCAACCGGCGUUGGAGACAAGCCCCCCCUGUCGCCGAACCACAUCGAGGCCACUUGCAUAGAGCACCACAUGCCAGUGGAGGAAGCAGCAUGGACUCUGUCUUAGCCAAGCGUGAGCGUGCACCAUCACACUCAAGUCACGCUCGUUAUUCUUCACGUCCAGCAUCUAGAGGGGCAUCAUUACGUUCAACAUCCCCUAAUUCGUGCGUAGAUCAAGAUAGCGCUUUGCGAACAGUGGAACAGUCUUCAGCCUUGCGAAAUGAUUCCUUCAUCAAUCAAAACCGUCUAGAAGCCUCCAUGGGGUUCUACAAAGGACGGCAGCCCGGGGAAUUCGAUAUCGUCCCUAGCCGUGUCUUGGUGAUCCCUCGGAUGAAAGAAGCAGAUGUGUCGUGGAUUCGCGAAGGUCUAACGGAUCUCAGCGUGAUUCUCUAUGUUCCCAACGAUCCUGCCGCAGAGUUCCAUGCCCCUAAAAACAAGGGAAACGAGGUCAUGAUAUAUUUGAGCUACAUCAUUGACCAUUACGAAAAGCUACCCGAAGUGUCGGUAUUUAUGCACUCACACCAUUUCGCGCAUCAUAACAACGAACUGCUGGGGUUUGAUGCUGUACGCAUGAUACGGCAAUUGAAAGACGAUCACGUUAUUAGACAGGGCUUCUUUAACCUCAGGUGUAGUUGGUCGCCUGGCUGCCCAGAAUGGCUGCAUCCACACCCUUCGCAAGACACUUUGGGCAAACAAGAAGAAGUUGUCCUAGCGGAGACCUGGCACGAAAUGUUUCCUCACGAAUCCUUGCCACCAACCUUGGCUCAAGCAUGUUGUGCCCAAUUUGCGAUAUCGAAGGAAAGGAUUCAAGCCCUUCCAAAGAGCCACUACAUAUUCUUCCGCGAUUGGAUCAUUAGAACACCCCUGAGCGACUAUGUCUCAGGUAGGAUAUGGGAGUAUUCGUGGCAGGUAGUGUUCAAAGGGAAACCGAUAGUCUGUCCGGUUGAGCAUAUGUGUUACUGCGAUGGCUUUGGAGUUUGUUUCGGAGGACCAACGAACUUCAGCUCCUAUGAGCGGCUUCGGGAUGAGAAGCCGAAGCUCGAAUCACAACUGGCAGCUGCGAUCGAGAUGGCCAGCAUUGCAAAUGCAUCCGAGAACGUCACCACGACAGCUAAUUCGGCGCAAAUUCAACAACUCAUCGGGAAAAUUAAAUCCCUCGAGGAAGACAUACUUGCAAAGACGAAUGCUGCGAUAGGUCGCGGCAACGAUCCAGACAAUCGAGCAAGGGAUUGCGGGAGGAUAGAGUCACAGUUAUAG